AGAGAGAGAGAGAGAGAGAGGAGAAAAGAAACUCAGAACAGUUCUCUGUAGUUUCUACUUUGGCAAUGGUACGAACAAAAGAACCGCCAUUGCUAAAGUACCAGACGAAACUCAAACCCUAGAAAUUAUUUCUAGGGCUUAACUCGGGAACAACACAAGUGUUCAUGAAUUCCUUGUUUAGCUUCGCUUUUCCUUGGAGCGUUUCAGUUGGAUUCGUGUUUGGCUGCCGAGAAAUUUCAGCAAAUUGUUAAUAGGAAAAACUUUGAACGCUUUAAUGGCGGUUUUGCUCCGGAACGCUCUACCUAACGCCACUCUUUGACUAAUUCUGAGACGUGAGUUCCAUUUUUUUAUUCCUCAUGUUUUUUCUUUAAUUGUUGUUGUUGUUGAAUUGGAACGCGUGAAACGUAAAGAUUCCAUACUUUGUUUUCUUUUUCUCUCGAUUUUCUCGGCGGCCAAACAAACGCAGUCGGAGUUUACUUCCUUUUUCCGUGAGUCAAAAAAAUUCUCUUGGUAUUGGAUUUAAGUAGAAAUGGCCUCUGCUCAAGGGUUUACUCCGUUGACCGAAUUGGGUUUCCCUUCUUCUUCUUCUUCUUCUUCUUCAUCUUCGUCUAAUUCGCUUCACCGGAAUCGGAUUUUCCUCUGCCGAAUGGACGAGAAUCUCUGGGGAAGAACUUCUGCCAAAUUCUGCCCCGUAAUUUGCUGCAAACAGCAGAAUCCAAACUUCAUCGCGCCCAAACCGAGUAAGCUCCGUGAGUUUAGGCUAUUCACAUCGGUCGAAUUGGACCAGUUUCUCACCAGCGACGACGAGGAGGAAAUGGGCGAGGGCUUCUUCGAGGCGAUCGAGGAAUUGGAGCGGAUGACGAGGGAACCGUCCGAUGUUCUGGAAGAAAUGAACGACCGUUUGUCGGCGAGGGAGCUUCAGCUCGUGCUCGUGUACUUUUCCCAGGAAGGAAGGGACUCGUGGUGUGCGCUUGAAGUGUUCGAGUGGCUUCGAAAGGAGAAUCGGGUCGAUAAGGAGACAAUGGAGCUUAUGGUGACGUUAAUGUGUAGUUGGGUUAAGAAGCUGAUUGAAGGAGAACAUGAUGUUGGGGACGUGGUUGACCUUCUUGUGGACAUGGCUUGUGUGGGUUUGAGGCCGGGUUUUAGCAUGAUGGAGAACGUGAUCUUACUUUACUGGGAAAUGGGUGAGAAGGGCAGAGCGGUUUCGUUUGUGAAAGAGGUUUUGAGACGCGGGAUUGCUUGUUUGGAGGACGAUGGAGAGGGACCUAAGGGAGGGCCUACUGGGUAUCUUGCUUGGAAAAUGAUGGUUGAAGGUAACUAUAUGGAGGCAGUGAAGUUGGUUGUUGAUAUAAGAGAAUCUGGGUUGAAGCCAGAGGUUUACAGCUACCUUAUUGCCAUGACAGCUGUGGUUAAAGAGCUCAAUGAAUUUGCAAAGGCUUUACGCAAGUUGAAAGGUUUUGAAAGGGCUGGGUUGACGGCUGAACUUGACGAAGAAAGUGUUGAGCUGAUUGAGAAGUAUCAAUCAGAUCUUCUAGAUGAUGGAGUACGCUUGUCCAAUUGGGUAAUUGAAGAGGGAAUAACUUCACUCAAUGGGGUGGUUCAUGAGAGGCUCCUUGCCAUGUAUAUUUGCGCCGGCCGUGGAAUAGAGGCUGAAAGGCAGUUGUGGAAAAUGAAGCUCGUAGGCAAGGAGGCCGAUGGAGACCUUUAUGACAUUGUUUUAGCCAUCUGUGCCUCCCAAAAGGAAGGCCGUGCUAUUGCACGGUUGCUUACUAGGGUAAAUUUUAGCAGCACUCUGCGUAAGAGGAAAAGCUUAUCAUGGUUGUUAAGAGGUUACAUUAAAGGGGGGCAUUUUGAUAAUGCUGCAGAAACAGUGGUUAAAAUGCUUGAUUUAGGUCUGUGUCCUGAGUAUUUGGACCGGGCAGCUGUGCUGCAGGGGCUUCGAAAGAGGAUCAAAGGACCUGAUACUGUAGAAACUUAUCUCAAGCUCUGCAAGCACCUUUCGGACUACAAUUUGAUUGGACCUUGUCUUAUAUACCUGUAUAUAAAGAAAUAUAAGCUUUGGAUCAUGAAAAUGCUCUGAAGAUCAUUGGUUCGGUAAGACCAACUUUGUUUUAAAAAGUAUAGUUGGGUAGUUUAUGAUAUAUAGUGGCUGAAACACCUAAAUUUCAGGUGCUUUACAUACGUUGAUUUUGUAUAGCUUUGUAUUAUGCCUUUGAGCAGCACAGUUGGUUGAGGUCCUGAUCCUUGGAAGAUCAACUGUGUUAUUCAGAGGUCUUGUAAUUUGUAUUUGUGGUGGCUGCUUUAAAACCUGUAAUUAUGUUUCUACAAGAUGUAAUUCAUAAAAGUCGUAUACAUCUUCUAUGUAAAGUUUCAUGGUGUUCUGAACUUUCUUCCUUCAUACUUGAGUCCUUUUUUGUGUUUGAAUUUUCCUAAGA